AUGAAGCUGUGGGUGGAAAUUCAUCUGACAGCACUAGAAAUCCCUCUCAACCUGAGGACCAUGAGUAACCAGACUCUGGUAACAGAGUUUAAUCUGCAGGGCUUUUCGGAACACCCAGAAUUCCAGGUGCUCUUAUUUAGCUGCUUACUCUUCAUCUACUUUGUGGCUUUGGCAGGUAACAUCCUCAUUAUUUUAGCCAUCACCUUCAGCCCUGGGCUCCACACCCCCAUGUACUUCUUCCUCUUCAACUUGGCUAUUUUGGACAUUAUCUGUACCUCAUCCAUCAUGCCCAAAGCCCUGGAGGGUAUGAUGUUAGAGAGAAACAACAUCUCCUUUGGAGAGUGCAUGGCCCAGCUGUAUUUUCUCACAUGGGCUACUUCUUUUGACCUGCUCCUCCUCACAGUCAUGGCUUAUGACCGAUAUGCUGCUAUUUGCUACCCACUGCAUUAUAACACCAUAAUGACCAAGUCAUUUUGCAUCAUGUUGGUCACUGUUGUAUGGGUGCUCUCUAUUUUCAAUGGAUCAAUUCACACAGGGCUGAUGCUGCGCUUGAAUUUCUGUGGCCCCAAUGUCAUCACUCAUUUCUUUUGUGAGGCCCCUCCCCUGUUACUUCUCUCCUGUAGCUCUACCUAUGUGAACAGCGUCAUGAUUGCACUGGCUGAUGCAUUUUAUUGCAUAUUGAACUUCCUGUUGACUAUCCUGUCCUAUGUUUUCAUCAUCUCCAGCAUCCUAAAGAUGAGAACCACAGAAGGGAAGAAGAAAGCCUUUUCCACAUGCUCUUCCCACCUCAUUGUGGUGUGCAUGUAUUACACUGCUGUAUUCUAUGCCUACAUAAGUCCUGUCUCCAGCUACAAUGCAGAGAAGAGCAAGUUGGCAGGUGUGCUGUACACCAUGUUGAGCCCCACUCUCAACCCCCUCAUCUACACUUUAAGAAACAAGGCAGUCAUAGUAGGUGUCAGGAAGAUUUUACCCCUCUUGAGUAAGUAA